GCGUUGCGGUGUUGACACCUGCGUCCAAGGACGAGCUAUCCGACGACAAAGAAUUCGAGGACAAAUCUCCGCAACAUCUCUGCCGCCGCGUGAUUGCCGAGUUCUUGCGCCGGACUGGCAUCGUCAUGCCCGCCUUCGAUGCGUCCGCGUUCGGCGACGAAGUUGAUCGACUGACGCUCGCAGAAGCCGCUACAUGGGGUGUCGGCGACAUCCUGCCCCCACGGCUGCAAGGUCACGUUGUUACGGCUAUUAACAUCGCAAAGACAGCGUACGCCCACACGCCCGUCGCGACGCAGGUGCACAUUGCACUCUGGACGGCGCUGUGCAUCUUCGUGGACGACUUCGAGGUCGACAAGGACGCUGUCGCCGCGUUCGCGGAGCGGUUCCACGCGGGCCAGGCGCAGCUCCACCCUCUUCUGGACGCACUCGCGGGCACGCUACGCGACAUGCCGAAGUUUUUCCACCCAUACGGCGCAGCGUCGGUCGUCACGAGCACAAUCCAGUAUGUCGUCUGUACAUUGUUCGAUAAGGAGACCGAAGGCAUGGAGGUGCACCCGGCCGCACGAGACUACCCGGUGUACAAGCGCUCUCGCAACGGUCUCGGCGAGGGCUAUGCGUACUGCAUCUUUGACAAGGUGCACUUCCCCGACGUAUCAACGCAUAUCCAGGUGAUCCCUGAGGCAAUUUCGUACCUCAUUUAUAUCAACGACUUGCUCUCGUUCUAUAAGGAAGCGCUCGCCGGCGAGAAGAAUAACUUUAUUCAUGACCGCGCCCGUGUCGCUGGAAAAGAUGUUGAAGCGUCUCUGAUGGACACGAUGGAAGAUGUUGUGAACCUCGUGGACAGGGUGCGACAGAUCCUGCAGGGAGAGAAGGAGAAGCAGGCAUGGGAAAGCUUCAUAGUGGGAUAUGUGGCAUUUCACUUCAUUUCGCCACGGUACAAGCUGGAGGAGCUGUUCAACGGUGCCGAGUAGGCUUAGGCUUGUACUUGUGGCGGACUUUGAUGUCGUAGCCAUCCAUGUGAGACGCGCUGAUAUUUUCAUCCAUCAUGCAUUCU